AUGGCGAGCGCAUCUACGCAGACGGCAACACUCGCCGCAGGAUGUUUCUGGGGCGUUGAGCACCUCUUCCGCAAGGAAUUCGGGCAGGGCAAGGGCCUGCUCGAUGCAAAGGUCGGAUAUUGCGGAGGCAACACGGCGUCGCCGGAUUACCGGGCUGUUUGUACGGGGGAUACGGGGCACGCUGAAGCGCUCCAAAUUACAUUCGACCCGUCGCUGGUGAGCUACCGCUCGCUGCUGGAAUUCUUCUACCGCAUGCACGACCCAACGACGAAGAACCGGCAGGGUCCGGAUAUCGGCACACAGUAUCGCAGUGCGAUCUUUACGCAUGGUGAGGAGCAGCACAAGCUCGCGGAGAGUAUCACAGAUAAAGUGAGCAAGGAGUGGUAUAAGCAGGCUCUUUCGACGGAGGUUAUUCCUGCGGGCCAGUGGUGGAAUGCGGAGGAGUAUCAUCAGCUAUAUCUGCACAAGAACCCGUCUGGAUAUGAGUGUCCUGCUCAGUAA